GUCCAUGUAAAGUGCAAAAAUAUCAGGCGACGAGGACACACAACAUAACACGCAAACCAAACCAAAUCGUAUCUAACGAGAACCAACCGUUGGAACCAAACAUAAACACCGUAUGGGAUUGGGAACCGCCACUGUUCCUAUGAAUAUCCUUCCACAAUUCGGGUUGCUUCGAACCCAUUUGACCCCUAUUCGGGUCAACAACUCUUCCGGGUUCACCUUCCCUCUCUCUCGAAGAAGGAAUAGAAGCUUUGGUAAAUUCGUUUGCUUCGCCGUUGAUGAUGAACUCAGACAGAACCAACAACAGCUCAGUACUAGUUCAAAUAGAGUUGGCUCUGCCAUUGAAGAAAGACCCAGUGAAGAAGCAUUGGAAAAUUUUAAGGAAGAUGGGGAAAGAAGUGCUAUCUAUGAUUUUCUUUAUCCUGAUAAAGAGCUUCUUCCUGAUGAUAAAGAAAUGAGCAUAUUUGAUCACCUCGAAGAGCUUCGACAAAGAAUCUUUAUAUCAGUUCUGGGAGUUGGAGGAAGCAUUUUGGGAUGCUUUGCAUUUUCAAAAGAUUUGGUGAGACUUCUUGAAGCUCCUGUUCAAUCAGAGGGUGUCAGAUUUCUUCAGCUAGCUCCUGGUGAAUUUUUCUUCACCACUUUAAAGGUUUCUGGAUAUUGUGGCCUUCUCUUGGGAAGUCCUAUCAUUCUCUAUGAAAUCAUAGCCUUUAUAAUUCCAGGUCUAACAAAAGCUGAAAGAAGGUUUCUAGGGCCAAUUGUUUUAGGCUCAUCAGUUCUUUUCUAUGCCGGAAUAACCUUCUCCUACUUAGUUCUGGUACCCGCAGCAUUAAAUUUCUUUGUCAAUUAUGCUGAAGGUGCUGUUGAAUCACUGUGGUCCAUUGAUCAAUACUUUGAGUUUGUUCUGGUUCUUAUGUUCAGUACAGGCUUGUCUUUCCAGGUACCUAUUAUACAACUUCUAUUGGGACAACUGGGAUUGGUUACUGGAGACCGGAUGCUAUCAGUUUGGAGGUACGUUGUAGUCGGAGCAGUAGUGGCAGCUGCUAUAGUUACGCCAUCCACAGAUCCUCUCACUCAAGUUCUUCUAGCAGCACCAUUAUUAGGUCUUUACCUAGGUGGUGCGUGGAUGGUCAAACUUGCUGGGCGUUAAUUUUGACCCACAUAUUACCAAAAGAAAUUCAGUUUAAGCAGAUUUUUAUGUAAAUUCACACAGGAGUCUAGUGUAUAUUUUUUACUCCCACCAGAGCAUUACUCUUCCUGUAUUCUAUUAAUUGAUUUAGACAUACAAUUAUGUAACUAUUUAUUCCUAAAUUCCAACAGGCCUUGGCAUUUGAAGGUAUUCCUUUUUGA